UCAACUAUGAUACAAUCCUGGAAGAAAGCCGGGGCCUGUUUACUAGUCCUCGCAGCCAUGACUUGUUUCUCGUUCGGUGAGGCCAUAUACAUUGUUGCCGGAAAGAAUGGGGCUAUUGUCCACUCCAAAGGUAUCUUGUCUCAAAAGGGCAAUGGUCUAACAUGGCUUACUCGUUUAGCGAUGACGGAGAGAAUUGAGCCUCCCCCAAACACAACCAUGGCGAUCCGACGAUCCUCCCCCACACCGGGUGAUUUCCCCAUCUGUAGGGGCCCUCAUGGCGCUGCCCGACCAUUCUGUCUCCCAGAGGAUGGUGCAAACGUGACGGUGGGUGGGACUUACUACAUCACCUGGGACGCGGACUUCUAUCCUCUGAAUGCCACAAUUACCAUUGAACUGAGAUAUGCGGACUCCGUGGAAGGGGAUUCGACAUUUACCUCGGAUAAGACGGACAACAGCUACGGAUAUACUCACAUCCAUAUGCAGCAAGAAUGGCUUCAAGGGAAACAGCAGAACCCUCUGACGCUUUACAUCAUAGAGCUGGACUCGGUGUCAGAUAAGCGGGCAAGUGCUCGACGGGGUCCAACAGUUAUUCUUCACCCCAAGCCAGUGCAGCAUCGCUUGUCUCUUCGGCCGACUUCCUUCAACAAGUUGGGGCUGUAUAUUGGCCUCCCAGUGAGUCUCAGCGUGGUCAUACUCGUUGUUGCUGGACUCUACUUUGGCAUGCGAGAGAGCAGGCGAAUUGAUCUGGGGAACAUUAGGGGCCCGGGGUAUGGCAUCAGAAAGUCCAAGGGCCAGCGACUAGGUCGUAACCGGUGCGAGUCAGCGUCGGAGAGAGCUGUGGAGGAGACGAGCUCGGACAUCACCGAAGUCGCCCAGCCCGGUCGAAAGGGAGCUUUAGAGCGAACUCUCAGCUUUGGUUUUAAGCGUGAUUUGUCGAAAACGAAGAGCUGGCAGGUGUAAUUCAAGGGCAUAAGAGCAGUGCGGCAAGACUAAAGCAUGCAGGAUUU